AUGACGCACAUUGGGCAGCUGUACGUGGACAGGGCAGCCGAUGCUGCUCGUGUGGAUCAGGUAUACCGUGGGCAGCGCACCUCCCUCCUCUUAGGCAACCACCACCUGCGCGGCUUUUUCUUCUUCGACGCAUCGAGUGGUGCUGCCGCUGUGCAGGCAGGCGAUGGCAAGGACAACGAUGACGAGGGCCCUCGUCAGCGCUGCCAUGUCUUCUACCUGUCACACAAGGUCGCACCAUUCUGCGUGCCGCGGCGCUACACCGCGUCCUCGCGCGAGUCAGUGGUUCACGGCGUUCUUGUGGCCCGCUUUAGUGGCAUGGAACGGUACGAUCACACACCACUGGUGGAGCAGAGCUUCUACGUACUGAACUCGACGGACGCGGACGCGGACGCGGCGGUGCCAAGGGGGCAACUCCGUGGCGGGUAG